CACGGCUUGGUCUGAUAUGAGGAAAGAGCGACUUGACAGUUGUUUGACCCAAAGUUUGUUUCUCGUGCGAUUUCGUGGGGUUCCAGGCCAUCCAAGCUUGACACUAACUUCACACCUACCACACUCUCUUCCAUUCCAUAAGAGUCCGACACUCAGAAAACUUCACUCUCAGGUUGGCUUUGACUCAUUCCAACUGAAAAGCAACACUCCUAAGAUGCGUGCUACCGCCUUCCUCGUUUCCUUCUUGGUGGCCCUAGCCACCGCCGCUCCAGAGAUGACGAUGGAAAAGCGCACGGAGCGCAUCGUCUGUGACUGCGAUGAGGACAUGUGCAGGGGACCACCUUGCUGCGACAACGGCACCUGCUGGCAGUCGAUUUCUUAGUCAACUCUAUGCGGAAAGGAACCGCGGUAGACACUUCGGCUGGUGAUAAGGUCGUUUUUCACGAGGGUCGCAGAGUAGGAGGUUCGAUAAAGCAAGAAGCUCAAUGGCUCGGAGUCGAAGGAUAAAGAACACAUGGGAGAAUCAUCGACCGAGAUAGUAUCCAGACGACGAGCAAUAUCAAUGGAAAGGCGAGGCCAGUUGAGGGAAGUGUUUAAGAAGCUGCAAGACGGAAAGAAUCAACAGGAACUGGAGCAAGCAAUAGCUUGAGAGAUUGGGAAAAUCACCAGCAAUCACCGGCUGAAUCACGAAGUUUUAC